AUGGCCGACCUAGCAUUUCGUUACAACUAUGCGAUAGUUUGUAGAAUCCCUAACAGUUUUAGGACGGGGUCAAGUCGAGCUAAAGGACAAGUAGAUCUUCAAAGAUGCAGAGAAGAACACAGAAAUUUGAUCGAGACUUUAAAAGUGUGUGGUGUGAGCAUAAUCGAACUGGAGGCCGCCGAAGCGUACCCGGAUUGUCACUCGGUUGAAGACACGGCCGUUGUUAUCGGCGGUACAGCCUUAAUCGCUAAUCCAGGUUGCCACGCCAGACGUGGCGAGGUAGCUGAGAUCCGAACAGUUCUUAAGAGAGAUUUAAACUUCACAGUGACGGAUAUCAAAGAUCCAUUAGCCACUGUGGAUGGAGGAGAUGUCUUCUUUACAGGCAAAGAGAUCGUUGUUGGUGUGUCCGAGAGAACAAACCGAGCCGGGGCUUGCGCUGUUGCCAUGGCGUUCCAAGACUAUAAUGUGUUCACAGUGAAUGUGCCGGGACCCAAACCACUCAAAGCCUACAUACAGAUGGCCGGCAAAGACAUCAUGGCCGUGGGUAACAGCCCGGAAGCCAAGAAAAUCUAUCAGCAAAUAAUCAGCAGCAUGAUGUACCAGUACAAGAAGAUGGAGUUGGAUGACGAAGCGGUGGGGAACCUGAUCUACGUUAAUGGGCACCUGAUCCACCGUACGCGUAACGAGAUCAAAGACAGCUACGUGGAUUUUGACAUGAAGAUCGGUUACACACGGCAUGACCUUGAAUGGUCUGCAAUGGCCGCCGCUAAUAACCACAUGUCUUCAUCCGUUCUAUUCGUGUGUAAAGACAAACACCAGAAGGACAUCAUCUCCAACAUUGAGGAGUACGACCUGUGCCCUUUUGCUUACCUCAAGCCAACUUCCCAGCAAGAUCACCAUGCAGGUACCCUGUAGGUACCAUGCCAACCUCAUUCAGCCAUGCCCCCUUCAACUUCAUCAUGUAGCCAGCUGAAGACAUUAUUAGACUAAAGCAAAAAGAAAAAAAAAAAAAAAAGGGAAUAGAGCAUUGUGUUAUUUGGAAAAUACCUUUAGUGUGUCACAUUCUUACUUGCACAUUUAUUCUGAACUUAUUCAAAGCAGAUCUGAAGUUUGUGAGAAUGCAUCAAACCAUUCAUAAGCAAUUAUCACUGUAAAGAAAAGAAGAUUCCAAUUUUGUGUCUCAUUUUGAAUGAUGUAUGUGACAAUGCAAAUUUGAAUAAUUAGGAGAUUGAUACCAUUAGUUUUAUGUUUUAAAGUUAAAGGGAUAUUCCCUAUUAAUGUCUGAUGUUAUAUUUACACAUUUGUUGUAAAUUUGAGAAGACCCCUAAACCUCAAGACACCUUGCACCAUGUAUUGAAUGAGUUGCCUUAAUAAUAUGUGUAACACAUUGCUAACAACGUACUCAGAGAAACAAUGGAAGACAGUUAGUGACACAUUGCAUGUUCCGUAGUAUUUCGAUCAUUGUGCUAUAGUAGGUUGUAAAUAUUUUCUGGAAGCAUGAAUUCAUGGGAAAGGGUUAAUUGAUUGAUUCAGGCCAGGUUAAAAAUACACCUGAUUAAAAGAGAAGCCCAAUAUGAUUGUGCCUGUCAUUGAUUGAUGAUCAAUACCUGUAUUCGUUUAAUGUGUACACAGUUUUGUGACGUUUUGAAUUGAGGCAUAUUUUGAGGCAUAAUGUGCGAAAUGCUGUGUGUGUGUGAGUGAAAAAGACCACUUCUUGCCAAAGUUAAAGACUCAUUCUUUUUGUGUGUUGAGUCUCAGUCUGUUCAGUAUACACACUACUUGUCAACAGAGAAAGCUUUUGUAAAUGAACGAAAGAUUUUGUUCGAGUACAGACUGGAUUCAUGCUUCCGCAACAUGUUGUCUUUGACGUAAAUAGACCAAUCAAAUGCUCCGAAAAUUUUAACUUCUACAACUUCUUGGACCUUGAAUAUGAGAUGCAUAACUUGUCACGUGAGAGGUCACCUGAAUAGGUUGUAGUAAAGUGGUCUGUCCUGGAAAAGUGAAUUUCUCAGUGGGAUUCCCGCUUCUACAGCAUGUUGUCGUUGACCUGAAUGUACCAAUCAGAUGCUUGGAGAAGUCAUUUUGACUUGCGCAGUAUGAGUCCUUGAUUAUAGGACUGAUGCUUAAGUUGCAGUUUAUUAAGUGGGCACCUGAAUAGGUUGUCGUAAAAUGGUGAAAAAGUGAAUUUUCUCUUUGGGAUGCUGGCAAACAUUUGUGUUUUUUACAUGAAGUUCAUAUGUAAUAGACGAUAAAGACACGUUGGAAAAAAUGAAAUACAUUGGGACUUGUAGUCGAAGUAGUGCUUACUGUAGUUUUUGACAUUAAUACUGUAGCAUGCCUAGUGCAGAGUUGUGAUUAUGUUUCAUUUGUUAUUAAGAUGUUAGUAGCUGUGCAACUUUUGUUGCCGAAAUGCAAGAAAAAAUAAUUUAGAUUGUCUUAAGAAAAACAUAUGUAACCUUUUUCCCAUGAAAUAGACUUUAGAGCACACUUAAUAUUCAUGUACAUGCAUUUGUGCAUGUCUUCCUUAAUAUCUGAUCUAAUCAUGCUACGGAAGAAGAUUUUGUUACACAACUGCUGGCUAUUUCGUUAUUAGGCUUGAGGGACCACAGCGUAGCAUUUGUGGAUGAUGUUAAUUGUUUCAUGAAAGAUGACAAACUUUUUUGGAAUUUUUUACUGUUAUCUCUAUUAAGUUUGUAAAUGUGAGAUAUUUUUGGCUUGGAUCAUUGUUUAUACUGUAAAGCUUUGCUGUGGUUGUGCAUUGCCAAGGGUUGAUGCUUGUCUGCACUUUUAUGUGCUUGUGUUAGGGUAGAGCUGCUGUGUUUAUUGGUUGUGUUUAAGGGAGUAAAGCUGGAAUAUCCAUAUUGUGCUUCUCAUUGCUUAGGCUUUUUUAAACUGUUUCAUCAAGUUUGCAUGUUAAUAGUAAGAUCAGGCCAGUAUUGGAGUGAAAUCAUUCAAACCCAGAUAUUCCUGCAGUUUGUUUAUUGGACAAGGCAAGAAGCAUUUUAAGACAUGAACACCUCAGAUAACUGGUUGUUGUUGUUGAAAUAACUACAAGAAAGAUAUCACGUAGGCAGUGGUGAAGUGCAUUUGCUUUUGUUGGGUUUUGAGAUUCUGGUUAUUUUUACAGUUAUUCCCACAAAAUGCCGAUUGGGCAAAUGGUAUCAGUAAAUAUCACGAACGCCCGAAACUGACACUGUUGAUCUGGGUAGUUUGACCAAGUUCCUGGUGUCAAAAAUUAAUAACUUACACUGUCAUCAUAGUUGAUGAAUUUAUGUGCUGCCCAAAGAGUUUUUAAAGUUACCAGAAGGACCAAAUUUUUCUUGACUGCUCUGCCUGUGUUUUUUUUAUGAGUUCAUGUCGCAAACUGGUAAACACUUUCUUUACCCAUUUAAUUUGAAGGGGUAGAUGAAGUUUUUGACUGACAUGCAGGAGUGUGGUCAUAUUUUUUACUUUUGCUGUCUGGCUUACAGCCAAAGUACAGGUAUAUAAAUUAAGCCUAGUGGAGAAUAGGGUGGUAGACGUAUACACUCUUCUUUUCUCAUGUAUUAUGAUCAGUUCUAUCUUCACUGCAGUAUGACUUUUGGUGUGUAGAGAUCUUUAUAAAAGUGUAUUCCCCCAUUGCUUGUUUGUAUAUGUAGAGGAGUCUAAUUCUAUUUUUAUUGAUAUACAAUGUGCAUUAUUAUAGAGGUUUUAUUGAGGUUGCUCGCUC